AUAUUAGGAAAACAAUGUACAACACUGGUAAAAUAUAUACAAUGAGGCUUUUAGAAACGGCGUUUGUUCUCGGUGUGAUCCUCGGCUGCUUUUUAAAUCCUGUGGUUACCAAUGAGAACAACACCUGUUCUAUGGAGAUGUUUGGUAAUGAUUUCAGUGCCUAUAUGGCUUGUGUCACCGAAUUUGCCCAUCAAUGCAACUGGUUCCCUUCUCCUAUAGCUGGUCUUUUUAGCUAUCAGAUUUGGAACGGAUAUGACGGGUUCUGGCAGAAUGGCGCAGUACUGGAACCAAUUGCUAACUUUAUGAAGUAUGCUGAACACAAAAGAUAUAUGACAGUGGUAAAAGGUUCCCAGAGAGAUUUGUACUCCUUAAUGGAAGCCUAUGGUCCGUAUCCAUCUUUUGAUGACAUGGGAUGGUACGGUAUCAGCUAUGCUAGGAUAUAUGAACUAUUCGGACUCGAGGAAUUUCUUCAGUCGGCGAAAGACAUCCUAAAUUGGAGCUGGAAAACGGGAUGGGACUCCUCCGGCACGUGCAAAGGAGGAAUGUGGUUUGACAACAACUUCAAUGCCAAACAAACCAUUACAGACGUCCAGAUCUAUCACUUGGCGGCAAAACUCUACCGAUUAACUAAUGAUACAACAUUCAAGAGUAAAUAUGAAUUGAUUGAAAACUACAUAUUCGCGAAUAAUUUGAUCAACAGUUCUACCAAUCUUCUAAGUGAUGGAAUUGAUUUAUCAUCUUGCCAUCCUUCAGAAGUUGUAGGCUUUACCUACGAAACAGGAGUUAUGAUUGGUGCUCUUUCAGAAAUGUAUAAGAUCACCCAGAAUGAAUCAUACCUUAUUUUAGCAGACAAAAUGGCCACUGCAGCAAUUCAAUAUAACAGUAAUUCUAGCGGAAUAUUCACAGAAAAGAAUUGUGAUCCAAAUUGCAAUGAUGAUGCCAAAAUGUUCAAAGGAAUUUUUACUCGAAAUCUCCGAUAUUUCAUGGAUACAGUGAAGGACACAUCUGUCCGUGACAGAUACCAGAAAUGGAUGGAUUUUCAAGUUCAAGCUAUUGUAAAAUACAACAUGUGUAACGAGGACCCCAUCUCAAAAUGUAAUAUCACAUUUCAAGAUGGUCCUCCAUAUUAUAAGAUAUCAGGUCCUGUAUUUUCCCCUGACUGGAAUGGUCCAUUCAUCAAUGGGGCACCAAUGCAGCAAACGUCUGCUUUGGAUUUGUUUGUUGCUAGUAUUCUCCCAGGCACCAAGUGUUCUGGUAUUUUCUGUAACUAUGAUCCAUAUUUUCCACCACCUCAACCUUUGACCUGCGGAUCACACCCAUGUCCUUCCGAUGAAGAAUGUUGUGAAUAUAGUCCCUACACUUCCUACACGUGUUGCGCAAAGUCGCAGAAAUGCAGUGACAAGGGAAUUUGUGUGUAAAAAACUGAAACAAUUUGGAAUAUAGAUGAUGUAUGACAAUAAUGUGUAUGAUGCAGGUCCCGAGUCGGAUUACAUAUUCUUAAUGUAUGUUAUAUUUUGUUACUGUAAACGUUUACGGAGAUAUUAACUCUUUAAACUCUACAAAAUUGUUUAUUUAGAUGGAUAAAGUGCACAUUGACAA